GCUUAAGGGUUCAGUCACUCCGGCGCCAUGGGUAAUGCGGACAACGAUGGGCGUGACUCCCCAGGCGGCGAGCGGCUGCCUACGCAGCUGGGCCGACUCCCCAGCGACAAGCUGGCCAGCGUUCAGAAGGCGCUGGAGGAGCUGAGAGACGCUGGGCUCACCUCCGUGGCGGACAUCGAGAAGUUGGCCAAGAGCGUCAAAGCCGCGGACGGCGCGCGGAUCCCCCCGGACGAGCUGACCACCGUGAAGAUGGCGGACUCCAUGUGGGCCUGGACCCCCAAGCGCUGGUCCGAGUCUUUGGCCGCCCAGCCCGGCCCUGCGGGCGCCCCCAGCAAGGACCUCGGCAACGGCAACGGCAACGAGGGGGAUCAGUUGCCAGCGGUGGAGGAGAGCGUAGAGAAGAACUGUGCCAUCCGCAGCAAGCGCUCGGAGGACUUCAAAAGCUGGUACAAUCUGAUGAAGGAGGCUGAAGCUCAGCUCCGGUCCAUGGCCACCAUGGACAACUCGGUGAUGACGAAGGGCGACGGCGCAGGGGUUUUGUUCCAGGCGACGGCUUCCGUGAAGGGCAAAGGCGCUUUGAAGCGCAUGAAGCCCGAGAGAACCCACUGGGGCGCCAAGCUGAUGGCAGGCGGCUCCUGGAAGAACAACCCGGCGCCGGCCAUCAUCUCGUUGCACCUGGGGGACGACGGCUCCUUCACGGGCAUGGAUUGCUGGCAGCACAUGAUGGCGGAGCACGGCUUGAAGGAUGGCAGGCCUGAGAAGGAUUUCUAUGGCUGCAGCAAUGUGCUGUUCAAUGAGACCAAAAAGGGGCGCUACGUGCCAAGAGCUCUCUUUGCCACCAGAGGCGCUCCGGAGACCUUGGACGCGGUGAGCAGCGCCAAAAUCUUCGAGCCGGGGAGUCUGCUGGUGGGGGACGAGCCGAAGUCCGACUGGGAGCUCGCGUGUGGCCAGGACUUCCCAGAGCUCGCUGACAUGCUGCGCAUGCAGCUGGAGCGCGCAGACUAUACCGAGGGCUUCCUUCUCACCCACAACAUGGGGGAGGGAAUUGGCAGCAGCGUGGCCUGCUCCCUGCUGCGGCUCUUGUCCAACGAGCACGGGAAGAAGCAGAAGUUCUCGGUCGCUUGCACCCCCGACUUUCAGGCUGCGGAGUGCAAGGAGGCUCACGCCUUUGCGGGGCUCAAUUUGAACCAGCUUCUAGAAAAUGGGGACCUGGUGUCCCUCUAUGACUGGACCUCUUUGAGGAGGGUGGCGCAGAAGGAGGCCAACGGCUUGGGAAUCGCAGCUCCCACAGACUGGGAUUGCCGAGGCCUCGUGGCGCGCUUCGUGGGCAACGUCUUGGGCCCCAUGCGCUUCGGGCGCCUGGCGCAGGACGCGCGGACCGGGUCCCUCCUGACCCACUGCCAGUCUCUGGUCGUGUACCCUCGGGUCAAGAUCGUCUUGCCAUCUCUCGGCGGGCUGGGAAAGCCGCUGGAAGCAGGUCGAGAUCCCGGCUUGGACGCCGCAACUGGCGCCGUGACUGGCGGUGCUCUCUGCAAUGUCACUGCUACAGAAAGCAAGAUCCUGGGGUGCUCCCUGACCUGUCGCGGCUUGGAGCAGUGCCUGGCAUUGUCCCCGGUCAUGGUGCAGCGCCUGAACCAAUCGAGCACGUUUGCGAGCUACGCGGGUGGGGGAUUCACCAUCUCCAGCUACACGGACCCGAAGAGCCAAGGGAAGCCCGAAGCAGCUCUCAUGACAAACUCCACUGCGGCCUUCCGCAUUAUCCAGAGCUACACGCAAGGCUUGGAGACAUGCACGAGAGGCGUGGACUGGGCGGGCCUGCACAGCUUCGGAUGCUACAGUGAGAACAUGGAGCCCUUGACCAACUUGAUCCAGGACUAUAUGAACGGUCUGUCCAACGACACGGUGGUCUGCGAGGAGGACUAUGGCGUGGAUGAAUGAACAGCAAUGGGCUCCUUGUCAACGUUUUCAACACGACCCGACCUUCCAUGCGUUCAAAGGCAACCUACUC